AUGGCGUACAUCCAUGCAUCUUCCACGCAAUCCAUCAUCAUUCUAGUUAUGGUUAUUGUGCUUACCAAAAUCUAUCGGGUUUAUACUAGCCCUCUUGCACAUCUCCCUGGCCCUGCCAUUUCAAAAUGGACAGGGCUGGUCUUGCAAAUGUUCGCGGGGAAUAGGCCACAUUAUGUCCAGAAACUACAUCAACAAGCGGUUGUCAGGGCCCAUUGUUCGAAUCUGCCCAACGAACUUGACGUCAGUGACAGUGAGGAAGCAAAGGGAAUUCAUAAUGUUGCCAGCCGAUUCUACAAAGAUCAAUUUUACGAACAUAUUGGUCGCCCUAGUCCCAAGACUCUCUUCAGCUCAACGAACCCUCAAUUCCAUGUAUAUCAACGUCGGCUGCUGGGUGGGCCUAUGUCUGAAACCUCAAUUCGACAACAUGAGCCCACCGUAGCCCAGAAAUUAAAGUUAUGCGUUGAUCAAAUGAAAAGUCAAUACUCGUUGGACCUUGAGAUGGUUUCGACUCUGACGAUCAUCCGUACGACCUUUCUAUUCCUGCCUCAGGUCGCUGAAUACGUGCCACUGCCAUACUCCAAGCAAGCUGCUCAGUACAAGAAGCUUGUCGAGACUUAUGGUGAUGAUGUGAAGCCCACCCUGUUUACCAAGUUGAUCAACAAGGGUCACCACGAAGCUGGCAGCGACACGUCGGCUAUCUCGUUAACCUACCUGGUCUGGGCUGUCUGCAAACCCCCCCCCCCGUCCGAGAUUCGCUGGUUGCUGAAGUUGCAACCCUCCGGGAUGAUUUCACAGACGAGGAUGUGCGCGCUUUAUCGUAUACACGCCGGGUCAUCGAUGAGACAUUGCGACUAUACCCGCUGUGCCUGGGGCGUUGCCAUGAGCGGUGCCACACGAAGGCGCGAAACUGGUUAA